CAAAUAUAAACAAGCUUUAUUAUAUCUUUCAAUAACAAGUUAAAAUAUUGCAAAAUUUCAGUCUACCAUAUGCACCUUCCUACUCCUUUAAAUCUCCCUCUCCACUCUUCAGUUGAGAUUCCUGCAGAACACUCAACAGAAAAAAUGGAUUCAUCGAAGAAGUCUAAUAAAAUUAGUGACAUUGUUAGACUUCAACAAAUCCUCAAGAAAUGGAAGAAACUUGCAAAUGCACACAAAAACACCAACAAAAAUCCAGCCAUAUCUUCCAUCACUCCUACUUCAUCAAACACCGGCAAUAAAAGCAUCAAGUUUCUAAAGAAAACUCUCUCUUUUUCUGAUAUAUUAACAGCAGGAGCAUCAAACGACUUCGUCCCUAAAGGAUUUUUAGCAGUCUGUGUGGGGAAAGAGUUGAAGAGAUUCAUCAUCCCAACAAAGUACUUGAGCCAUCAGGCAUUUGGGAUAUUGCUUAGAGAAGCUGAAGAGGAGUUCGGUUUUCAACAAGAGGGAGUGCUGAAGAUUCCUUGUGAAGUCUGUGUGUUUGAGAAGAUCUUGAAGGUGGUUGAAGAGAAAAGAGAUGAGUUUUAUUUACAUGAAUCAGGGCUUCGCCCGGAGAAAGAUCUGAUUGGCUGUUGCUCUUCAGAUUGUGAGUUGACUCCUCCUUUCAAAUGGGUAGAUGAAAUAGUGAUUAAAUAAUUAAUCUUGAAGAUAUAUGCUUAAUUUAUUUCUUCAAGAACCAACUGCAUUUUUCUUUGUUGGGUUUUGAUUUUUAUAUAUUUUUGUUAAGGGAAAUUAAGAUAGAUAUAUAAGUCAGAAUUUAGAAUAUAAAUAGAGUUGAAUAAGGUAGAUUAUUUAUGUUCAUUCAGAAAAUAUUCACCAGCUGGAUUAGUUUCCAUUAUGAUCCAGGUGAACUUGUAUUUGCCAUUACUUCUGUGCAAUGAAGCUGAGUUUAUUUUUCUCU